AGAAUCAUUAAGGAAAGGUGCCAGCAACGGUGAUCAUUUCGAUUAGUGUGUUUUCAAUCGUAGUACGCGUUUUUAAGAUAUUUUUUGGAAGUGUUUAUGUUUUGGUAUUCACAAAUGAAGCUAUUGGGACUAUUAUUUAUGGUGGUUGUUGCUGCUGGUAGAAGCAUUGAUACAAUAGACGAUUUCCACAGAUCGGUGGACUUUACGCUGGAUUUCUUCAGGAUGGCUCACAGACAAAACGACGCCGGAGACAAUUUAGUGAUGUCACCGGUUUCGAUCAGAUCAGCUCUUUCGAUGCUAUUCCACGCGGCUCAUCCGGAAACUGCCAGUGAGAUGCAGCAAUUUCUACGUCUUUCGGCUGAUCCCGAAAAGGUGGUCAAAAACCUCCAAAAGUACAUUGGAUACAACAACGAGGCCUUGAGGAUCGCCUUCAAGGUGUUCCACUCGAAGAACGAAGAAAUCAAACCAAGCUUUCUGCACUCUCUGAAAACGAUCUACGAGAUGGAAAUGGAGCCAGUGGACUUCAGGAAACCCGAAUUGGUAUCAGAUUUAGCAAACAGCUGGAUCAGAAAGGCUACCAAUGGUAUGAUCCAGGACCUGGUCGACCCAAUGGAUCUUGAUACUCAAGCCAACCUCCUUAUGCUGAACGCUGUUGCCUUGAAUGCUUCCUGGAAUCUCAAGUUCAAUUCCGAUGCAACCGACAAAGCUACGUUCAAUUAUCUGAAUGGAAACCAAGAAGUGGACAUGAUGUAUCAGGAAGACGACUUCCGGUACGCCAACCUAGACGGAGUCAAGGUCAUUGAACUUUCGUACGAACCACAAACCGAUCUCGCGAUGUGGAUCCUCCUACCGGAACAGGACACUUUUGAUACCUUCAUACAGAACUUCAACCUUGAAACCUAUAACCAAAUCGAGGAUCACUUGGAUGAUGUAAAAGUGAUACUACAGAUGCCGAAAUUCUCGGUCAAUCACAACACUCCGGCCAAGAAGAUUCUUCGCACGAUGGGCCUCGAGAAAAUGUUCGACGAGGGCGUUUUUGACUUGAGCAACGAAAAACCUUCCAAGUUAGCUGAUAUUCAGCACCGGGCACGGAUCGACGUCACUGAAGAUGGAGUCUCGGCAGCUGCCGUUACUGAGCUCCAGUUCGUUUUGCUGUCCGGACCACCGAAAGUUGUUCACUUUACUGCGGAUCGGCCUAUCCUCAUUCUCCCCUACACAGGAAAAAUGUCCCUCCGUUCGAUCGUUCUGGUUAUUGCACUUUUUCAAAGUGCAUUCUGUCUUUCUACAGAAAAUGCAGUCUCUAGUAACAAGUUCACUUUCGACAUGUUCAAGCGAGUCUUCAAAUCGGAUAAGAACGCGGUUCUUUCGCCAACCAGUUUGCGGAUGGCUCUGGCUAUGUUCUACCCGCUAGCCGGCAACGAAGUGUCCCCCGAUAUGCAAACCCGAAUGUAUCUGCAACCGGAUAAACAAGUCGAAGUCGGUAAUCUGGAGCAAUUCAUCGGUGAACUCAACAGUGACCCGACGGAAUCACUCAAGGUUCGGGUCAAGAUGUAUCACACCGAUGCGGAGCUGAACCCGGAAGUUCUUCCUCUAUUCCGGGAUCGUUUCCGUGCCCAGGUCGAGGUUGCCGACUUCCAGGACGUGGAUGCCGUUGUCAACUCAAUCAAUCAGUGGGUAAAAGAAGAAACAAAAAAUCUCAUCACAAAAUACAUGGAACCGGGUGAUUUGCGGGUGGACAACGACAUGCUGGUGCUGAGUGUGGUUGCUUUGAAUGCUAGCUGGGCUGUUCCAUUCAAUGCGGAGCACACUCAACCAAAAUUGUUCCACUUCACGAAUGGAGAUCAGCAGGUUCAGAUGAUGCACCUUACUGGAGAAUUCCUCUACGAUUACAUGCACAAAUUGAACAUGCACGUGCUGGAACUCCUCUACGAAAAGCAAACUGACCUGUCGAUGAUGCUUAUCCUGCCUUCAAGUCGAACGACUCUCCAACAAACUGUUGACCUCUUGAAUGCCGACUUCUACGCCAAGUUGGAUGAGGAACUAACUCCAACGACGUUGGAUGUUUUCAUACCCAAGUUUACCGCCAAAUACAAACUGGACGCGAAGGAGUUGUUGAAGGAGAUGGGACUGAAAUCUCUCUUUGAACGUUUCGAUUUGCACAUUUUGGAACGAGAUCGUUCUCGGAUCGGAGAAGUUCGGCAGACCACCCACGUGAAAGUGGAUGAAGUUGGCACAGUAGCAGUAGCGGUAACCGAGGUCCAAGCAACGGGCCGCUCAGCCACCCCGAUAUUCUACGCCAAUCGGCCCUUCCUUUACUUGAUCCGGAAGCGCAGCAGCAAGCAAAUCCUGUUCGUGGGACAUUUUUCCGUUCAUGAAGAUGAGCAGGCGAACUGAUUGAUUAGAAAAUGGUUAAAUUCAAUCCAAAUUAGUGAUCAGAAUCAACAGAUGUUUGCCGUUACCAUGGUAGAAAGCCAAUGCAAGGUGCAAGUUUGUUUUAAAUA